AUGCCACCUAAACCUCCCUCUCAAAAACUCACGCACUUCCUCUGUAUCCCCCUGAUAACCCCCUCCUCCCUUCCCUCUCUAUCCACCUCCCUCUCACACUUCCACCGCACCGUAAGCGCGCCCUCACACGUCCCUUCCAUCCCAGCUUCUGCGGUCCGCCCACUCGGAACGCUGCAUUUGACGCUGGGCGUUAUGAGUUUGGGGACGGAGGAGCGGGUGGAGGAGGCGUUGGGGGUGCUGAGGGGGUUGGAUUUGGGGGGGAUGGUUUUGGAGGCUUUGUCACCGAAAUCAGAGGCUUUUUCAGCGGAGAAGAUAGGUACAGGGAUAGAGGAAAGGGAAAAGGGAAAAGAAAGCAAUGGAACAAAAGAUCUGAGGAUCACGCUCAGGGGAUUGAAGUCAAUGCAAGCUCCUGCUAGCACUUCAGUUCUCUACGCGCCGCCUCUGCACUCCUCCGCUCUAUCCUCAUUCUGCCUAGCUCUAAAAAAGGUAUUCACAGAUGCCGGUUUACUGGUGCCGGAUGACAGGGGGUUGUUGUUGCAUGUUACGGUGGUUAAUACGGUGUAUGUGCCGCGUGGUCAGGGGCAGGGCCACGGUCAGAGUCAGGGAGGAGGAGUUAGAGAUGGAGGAGGAAGUGGAGGAGCAGGGCAAAGGAGGAAAGGUCGGAUUACGAUAGAUGCACAGGAGAUGCUAGAGGAUUGGGCGGAGUUUACUUGGAUGGAGGGGGUGAAGGUUGAGAGGGUUGCGGUUUGUAGGAUGGGGGGCAAGAAGGGGGCGGAUGGGGCGGAGGCUUAUGUGGUGGAGGGGAGUGUGGAUAUGCCGUGA